AUGAAGGCAGGAACAUCUACUUUGAAUCCAUAUGCAGCAUCAUAUGUACCGCUCUCUAAAAGAGGAGCAGCUGAUGGAAACAAAGAUUAUAAGAGUGGAAAUGAGGCUGUAUGGCUGGGUCCCCAUUCUGAGGGUACAACAAAAAAGCAGCAACAGAUUGCUGAGGAUCCUACAUUGAAAGGUUACCCUGUUCAAGGAUUUUAUGGUUCAUCCUCACAUAAUCCAAGGGAGAUGACAGAAAAGCACACCAUGGAUGAGGUUUUUGACAUGGAUUUGGCAUAUCUUCAGAUGACAUUUCCUGGUGUAUCUGAUGAGUCCCUUUUCGAUGUCUACUUGGCAAACAAAGGCGACUUGGAAGCCACAAUUGACAUGCUGAAUCAACUUGAGCUGUACAGCGUCGAUUCUUCUGGAAAGCUUCCAGACUCAUUGGACAUUGGUGAUGUUUCAGAGUCGGGGUCUUCUAGCAAUCACGCAGCGCAGAAACUGAGGCAGGUGGCUGGUGAGAUCAGUGUUUCUUCGUCAGCGCCGACCACUGACCACCCCUCGCCUAAACCUUCAGCCGUGACUGUGAGGCUUAACUUGGUGGCUACAGAUAUCAGGGAGGAGAGAGGGAAAGAGCGGAGAGACAGAGAGAGACGUUAUGCCAAUGGCUUUUGUUUUUGCACUGAAUAUGAUUCCCAGAUUCUGAAAAAGCAUGAAUUUGUGAUUGUCUUUUCAGUUCCAGGAAGCCCACAAAUUGAAGAGCUUCCGUUUGUGGGGUCUUCAUAUUCUGCUGUUCAAGCACUUGAAUUUCCUGAAGAAAAUGUGACACCAAAUUGCAUGGAAUUACAACAACGAAUGCAGAGUUAUGCUACAUCAGGUUGCAUUAGGAAAGCUCUUGAGACUAUGAAUUACAUGAGGAAUGUGCCUGGGAAACCGACAGUUUAUGAUUUCAAUUCAUUGAUUUAUUGUUAUUUGAAGUCAAAACACGUGUCAUUGGAAGAAUUGGUUGAAGUGUAUUUUGGGAUGAAGAGGUUUGGGCCGUGUCCAAAUGCAUUGACUUUCAAUACCCUCUUGAAUGGGAUGGUUGCACUAGGGAAGUUGAAAGAUGCGUUUUGGAUUGCUGAGGAAAUGUGCGCAAGUGGGUUUUUGCCUUCCUUUAGUUCCUUGUCAAAAUUGCUGAAGAAGUUAUUGGAUUUCGGGAGUUUGGUGGAUUCACUUAAUGUACUGGAACUGAUGUUGGGAUGUGGCUAUUUUCCAACUGAACCCACUUUGAAUUUGUUGAUUGUUGGCCUUAGCAGAGCUGGGAUGGUUAGUGAGGCGCACUUUGUGUUUUCUAUUCUUCUGGGAAGUGGCCAUUUUCGAGGUGCGUAUAGCUAUAAUCCUAUAUUAUGGGCUUUGUGUAAAUCUAAUAAGAGUUAUAGUGCAUUGGCAUUUUUUUAUUCCUUAAAGAAGAAGGGUCUUCUAGAUAAUGUAUGUUCAUAUACAGCUUUGAUUUAUGGGUUUAGUAGGGAAAGAUUAUGGGAGGAAGCUUUCCAAUGUUUAAAUGAAAUGAAAGCUGACGGUUGUAAGCCUAAUGUGAUUACAUACACUGUAAUUAUAAAGUUUCUCUGUGAUAAUGGGAAGAUUGGAGAGGCAUUGGGCCUCUUGCAAAAGAUGGAAAAGGAAGGAUGUGGUCCAGACUUGGUAACAUAUAAUGUUGUUCUUCGUGAACUUUGUCAACAAAAUAUGGUUGUUAAAAUUGGUGAGCUUGUCCAGGAAAUUGAUCAAAGAGGAUUUUCUCCUGAUUCAUUCACCUAUGCUGCUUUGGCUGGGGGCCUGUUAAAAGUGGGCAAAAUAGGGCUUGCCAAUGAACUGUUGCUCGAUAUUAUAUCUAGGGGUUGCAGGAUGGAUGCUGCAGUUUACAAUAUAUACUUCCAGACUUUUUGUUGUGACAAUAGGUCAAGAGAAGCAUUAUCUUUGAUGAAGAGUAUGAUGGAGACGGGCUUUAGACCUAAUAAUGUAUCAUAUAACACAAUUUUGAAAGGAAUUUGUGAAGAAAACAACAUUGAUGAAGCUCUGGAGUUCUUCGAUCACAUUGACUGGAGCACAAAUGGGCCUGAUUUGAUUUCGUUCAAUACGAUUUUGUCUGCAGCAUGCAAACAGGGAAACUCUUCAAUGAUUCGAAGGAUCUUGUAUCGAAUGGAGUAUGAAGGUGUUAAGCUUGAUGUUGUAAGUUCAACUUGUUUGAUUCAGUAUUUCUGUACAGUUGGGAAGAUUCCAGAGUGCUUAAAGCUUUUGGAAUAUAUGAUGAAUAGUGGUCCUAGUCCCAAUAUAGUGACUUUUAAUACCAUUCUUGUCAACCUUUGCAAGAACCGGUUGCAUGGAGUAGCAUGGAGAUUUUCACGUAUUUAA